CCAGCAGCAUCCCCCUGCCGGGAACAGGAGAUGCGGACUCCCAGUACCGAGCCCAACCGUGCUGCUGCCAAGAGGUCCCUGCGCUGCUACCGGAGACCCCGGGACUCGCCCAGCCCCUCUCCCAGCAGCUGGCGGGCUGGCCGGAGCCGUGCCAGCCGCUCUUUCAGCUCCAGUUCAGAUGGAGCUAGUGAGUCCUCAUCUGCAUCUUCAUCCUCAUCCUCCCGAUCCCGGUCACGGUCAUUCUCCCCACCACCCAAGCGGUGGCGAAGGUACCGCUCAAGAUGUUCCCACAGCUCCUCCUCCCGCUCCAGCUGUGGGUCGUGUGGCAGGUCCCGGGACAGGUCCUCAUCCUCGUCAUCAACGUCCUCCUACUCAUCCAGGUCCACAUCCUGCAGCCAGUCCCGCUCCCCCUCGCCUCGCAGGAGGAGUAACAGGCGGAGAAGAUACAGUUACGACGCACAGGACCACUACCAAAGGCAGAGGAUCCUCCAGAAGGAACGUGCAAUAGAGGAGCGGCGAGUUGUGUUUAUUGGCAAGAUCCCCAGCAGAAUGACUCGGUCAGAGCUGCGGCACCGCUUCUCUGUGUUUGGGGACAUCGAAGAGUGUACCCUGCACUUCCGCUCCGAGGGGGACAACUAUGGCUUUGUCACCUAUCGCUAUGCCGAGGAAGCCUUUGCUGCCAUCGAGAGUGGGCACAAGCUGCGGCGCCCGGACGAGCAGCCCUUUGACCUGUGCUUUGGUGGCCGCCGGCAGUUCUGCAGGAGGAACUAUGCCGACUUGGACUCAAAUCGGGAGGAUUUCGACCCAGCCCCUGUCAAGAGCAAGUUUGACUCCCUGGACUUCGACACGCUGCUGCGGCAGGCACAGCGCAGCCUGCGGAGGUAGCGGCAGGCGAGGCGUAGCGCAGCGCCCGCCCCCACUUUUAUACUCAAAUACAAAAGACAAAAAAAGGAUGGAGAGAAAUGAGGUUUUUAAGAAAAAGAAAAAGGAAAAAAACAAAUUUGUUUUAUAACCAGUAUUUAAGGAGGACGGGUCGUUUGCCUUCGACCAGAGGGGCCCAGGCAAGUGGCAGCCCCAGGGUUGCCCCAGCCAUGUAAUAAAUGCAGAUGCCC